AUGGAGGGGUCCAGUGACAGGCUUUUCUGCUGCAGGUGGGUGCGCAGCAGAAUCCCACUGACCCACAGAGAAGAACUGUACCACAUCCUGAGGAUGACAGGGCCUCUGCUGCUCUCUCGAAUCCUCAAUUACCUGCUUCCAUUUGUGGUUACUAUGUUCUGUGGGCGUCUGGGAAAUGAUGUGAUGGCUGGCUAUGGAUUAGCUUCUGCUACUAUUAAUGUUACCACUGCAGCUACGGGAUGUGGUCUGGGACUGGCAUGUGACACUCUGGUUGCUCAGACAUUUGGUGGUAAGAACCUGCUGCGGGUGGGAGUGAUUCUUCAGCGGGGCGUCAUCAUCCUGCUGUUGUUCUGUCUGCCCUGUUGGGGCCUCCUCAUUAAUGCUGAAGCCAUCCUGUUAUGCAUGGGACAAGAAUCUGAGGUGGCCAGGAUAGCGCAGUUGUAUAUGACAGCCUUUAUUCCAGCUGUACCAGCAAUGUUUCUACAUCAGCUUCAGGUGUCUUAUCUGCAGAAUCAGGGCAUAAUAAUGCCACAAAUGUACACAGCUGCCUUGGCAAACAUAGCCAACCUGGUGACCAACUACAUUUUUCUCAACUGGCUGGAUCUUGGUGUUGGUGGUUCUGCUGCAGCUAACACCCUGUCUCAGGUUUAUAUCUGUACUUUUCUGUUUGCCUACAUUUGGUGGAAAAAGCUUCAUGUAUCAACAUGGGGAGGAUGGUCUGCAGAAUCACUGCAGGAGUGGGGCUCUUACAUGAAACUGGCCAUCCCCAGCACUUUAAUGACAUGUUUUGAAUGGUGGGUGUAUGAGUUUGGGGGAUUCUUUGCAGGAAUGCUGAGUGAAGAUGAGCUGGCAGCACAACAUGCUGUAGUAAUGGUGGCUUUUAUAACCUACAUGUUCCCUCUUGGUAUUCAAGCUGCAGCAUGUGCCCGAGUAGGGAACGCCCUCGGUGCAGGAGACACUGCCAGGGCCCUCCUGAGCACCAAAUUGUCAUUCGCUCUUGCAGUCUGCUUUGGACUCAUUGAAGGUUUAGUGCUCGGCUCUACCAAAACAGUAAUUGGCUACAUGUUCACUUCUGAUGAGAAGAUAGUAGGUCUGGUUUCACACGUGAUGACCGGUUACUGUUUCCUUCAAAUGUUUGAUGGUCUCGUGUGCAUCUCCACUGGCAUCUUCUUGGGCACAGGCAAGCAGAAGAUACCAGCUGUGGCCAACUUCAUUGGAUACUACUGCAUAGGACUCUCACUUUCUGUUACUUUAAUGUUUGUAGCACAACUGAGAGUUUUAGGUUUUUGGCUCGGACUGCUCAUUUGCUGCGUCGUACAAUCCACCCUCUACAUCACUGUCAUCUUCUUUAAGCUGGACUGGAAGAAAAUGACAGAGGAGGCGGUGAAACGAGCUCAGAAAAAAGCACCACUGACAUUAUUAAACUCGCCUUUCCUACCAGAUGCUUCAGCCAACAACACUGCAGACCAGAUAGCAAGUAAUGGGAACUCAGCAGAUGGCUACAGGUCUGUGAGCACAGAGGAGCAUAACGAGAACAUGGGGACGGAGGCUGGGCAGCUGAAAGGUGGUCGUCUUUCCAGAACCCAGCUGAUCCUCAGGCGAGGCCUCACUAUGUUUGCAGCUGUAGGACUUCUGGUUGUGGGAGUAAGUGUGCACUUACUAGUGCCCUUACCAGAGAACCCACCAUCUGAGGGAAACUUUACUUUGGACUGGAUCAACACCACAUUUACUCCUGACCAAAUGGUAUCGACUGUGCUGGUCUCUAUACAAGAGUGAAAAUAACAUUGAAAGAAUUCAUGUUGACAUUAAUGUGUGUGCUAAGUUUCAAAAACAUGGAAUUUUAGUCUCUUGUAGGGUUCUUAUUUUGAGAGAAAAUAGCAAAAAAUAAUCAGAAAUAGAAAUUUGAAAAAAUCUGAAGUGUUGUUUGAGUUUGGGGAUUAAUUUAUUGUCCUUGCUUAUGAUGA